GAAGCGGGUCAGGAGGGCAACUCACGGAAUCGUGCGGCUGCCCAGUCCUCCGCGAUCGAUUGAGAGCGCCUACGUGGCUCGCUCGGCGCUCGACUGGCACGGCCUAGGGGGCGGAGCGUUUGGCGCCGCCGCCGCGGGCCGGGUCGGUGAGGAAGGCCUAGGUCGUCUGCUUCACGGCUUGUCGAGCGUCUGCGCCGCUUCUCCCGCUUCCCGUCCGCUGCGGCCGGGCGAGCGGAGGCCUUCCGGAGCCAUGGAGGACGAGGUGGUUCGCAUUGCCAAGAAGAUGGACAAGAUGGUGCAGAAGAAGAACGCGGCUGGCGCAUUGGAUUUGCUGAAAGAGCUUAAGAAUAUUCCCAUGACUCUGGAAUUGUUACAGUCCACGAGAAUCGGAAUGUCUGUCAACGCUAUUCGCAAGCAGAGUACAGAUGAUGAAGUCACAUCUCUAGCCAAAUCACUCAUCAAAUCCUGGAAAAAACUAUUAGAUGGUCCAUCAACUGAUAAAGACCCUGAAGAAAAGAAAAAAGAACCUACAAUUUCAUCACAGAAUAGCCCUGAAGCAAGAGAAGAAAGUUCCAGCAGCAAUGUAAGCAGCAGAAAGGAUGAGACAAACGCUCGAGACACUUACGUUUCAUCUUUUCCUCGGGCACCAAGCACUUCUGAUUCUGUGCGGUUGAAAUGCAGAGAGAUGCUUGCUGCAGCUCUCCGGACAGGAGAUGACUACGUUGCUAUUGGAGCUGAUGAGGAAGAACUGGGAUCCCAGAUUGAAGAAGCUAUUUAUCAAGAAAUAAGGAAUACAGACAUGAAAUACAAAAACAGAGUACGGAGUAGGAUAUCAAAUCUUAAAGAUGCAAAGAAUCCAAAUUUAAGGAAAAAUGUGCUGUGUGGGAAUAUUCCUCCUGACCUGUUUGCUAGAAUGACAGCAGAGGAAAUGGCUAGUGAUGAGCUCAAAGAAAUGAGGAAAAACCUGACUAAGGAAGCCAUCAGAGAGCAUCAGAUGGCCAAGACAGGUGGGACCCAGACUGACUUGUUCACGUGUGGCAAAUGUAAAAAGAAGAACUGCACUUACACACAGGUGCAAACUCGUAGUGCUGAUGAACCAAUGACAACAUUUGUCGUAUGUAAUGAAUGUGGAAAUCGGUGGAAGUUCUGUUGAGUUGGAAGAAUCGGCAAGGUAUCUGGACCAUUAAGAAAAAUGGAUUUUGUAAUUAGCUUUAAAAUUAGGCCAGGCAACUUAUUUCUCUGCAAAUGAUAUUUGUAAACAGUACACAUCCCAUGGAUUGGUUUUUGUUUCUCACCUAACAUCUUUCUUAAAGGCCUUCUAUGGUUUCAAGUCAGCCAGGAGGCCAUAGAAGAAUUAGAUAAUGUAUCUAAUGUGUCACAUUUUUAAAAUUUUAUAAGUAAGUUUAUGUUACAUUUUAUUAAAUAUUGUGUUGUUCUCCAUUAAUGCAUAAAGACAAAUUGCUUUUCUCAUUGUUAUGUACCUAAAAUAUUAAAGGAGGAGAAAUGGAGUAAUACAAACGUCAGAGUUAAAAAAAAAAAAUGAUAUGUAUUCCAGUAGUACUUGACCAGCUUAUCAAAAUUGUGCACACUAUUUGAAUUAGUAUAUCAAUUUGUUCUUAAUUACCGUGCUCACAAAGCCUCGAGUCCCUAGAUCUUGCAUCUGUUACUAACAGCAGUGAUCAUUUCUUGUCUUUCUCAUUCAUGUAUAUUACUGGUUUUAAUAGAUUUUUCUUUGAGAAUUGACCUAAUUACAAUCAAUUUGGUUUUAUUUGACUUUGCACUCUAUUUUAGUUUCACAGAACUCUGUUAUAGUUUCUAGGCUUUUUACAAAGCCACUCACAGGCAUACUUCUGGUGACUUUUCGCCCAUAGGAAGACAUACUGGGAAGGAAAUGUCAGUAUCAUAGUAGAGUUCCCUGGACUGGACUUGCACUUGGGAAUCUACUGAACAAGGACUAAGCCUAAGAACUGUGUUAAUCAUUAAGCUGUGCUGUUUGCAUAUGGAGGUUGCAAAAAGAAAAAUCUUUUAGUCUGAAUCUUUUGUGCUGACUUUUUUCUUACAUGAUGAUGUUAAGCCAACUGAAAUGUAGGCUGUAGCAAGUAGUUUUACAAUGCAUAUUUCACAAUUAAGUUUUACCUUUGUUUAAAUGUGUUCUGCUUGUUUUGCAGUGGUAAUAAGCAGUGGUUUCCACAUAGCUUUCUUGAUACAGAUGCUCUGAUACAUAUAGUAAAGGCCACUGUUGCAAAGCUUACAACUUGUGUGUUUGAAUCUGGCCAGAUGUCUGUGUAAAGACCACUGCACAGGCUUUGCGCUCUGCUCUGCAGAUUGUUAAAAAAGAUUGGUCCAUCGGUAAUUUCUGCCACUUUAAAAAAUAAAGUACAUUUUGAAAGAAUUAGUUUAAAAGUAAUAAGAUUAAAAUAGUCCCACUUUCAAGUGAUCCAUUUUAAAAUUUGUAAAUCAAUAAAUUUUUUUGUUGUUAAACAGGUG